AUGUUGGAAAAUUGCAAGGAAGCUCUACCAGCCACUUUUGCCGAGAUCAUUGCUGGGACUGCACGAAGACAGUGUUCGGGCCAAGAGUCGCAAACGUGCGAUUCGGGCCGGCAAGCUUUCGUACGAAUAGAUGUUCAUGACCAAGUGCGUAUUGACGAGGACAUCUACGCUGCUGCUGAUACCUCUGCUGUCGCAUGCUCCACAGAGCCGUUCUUCUCCAAUCUCAAAUACAGCAUGCAGCGGGCGAUGCCUACUCGUCUUGGUCAGUCCGACCAAGAAAAUCGCUCCACAGCAAGUUACUUCGUUCCUAAAAUCACACCCGUUGUGAAGAAGCUGCCGCCAUGGUAUGACGAAUGUUGGCCAGAGCUAAAGAAAAGUGACCAAGUCAAAGAGACUUCGGCUAGACAUGGAAAAAGCAUCUGUAAAGGACCUGGAGAAAAUGCAAAAAGCGAAAUGAAAAAUACGGUCAAAUGUUCAAAAAACUUUGACGAUAAGGCUGAUGGAGAUCUAAAGGGUCACAUGAAAAGUUCAGCCGGGCGUGUACAAAGCUCCGGUAAUGUGGUACAUGACGAAGACGAUGUGCAGGAUGGGGGGAACUGGACUCUCUGCGUUCGAAAAGAUGCGUAUUUCAGAGGGAACGGUGGCCAUGUGAAAGGAGGGGCGAAAGGCACCCGAAGCCGAGGUCGAGAUCGUCGUAGAGAGGCAACUAGAAAUGGUGGAGCGGAAAAAGAGCGCUCGUUCACAAAACCUCAAAAGGCUGGUGAAACACAUCAGCCUUUCAAGCAGUCAUUAGCCACUACACUUGUUGAGCCCGCCGAUAAGAGACUCCGCUCCUCCCCAUUCAAGCAAACCCAGAGUAAGGACGUGGAGGUUACUGGAAACGAACAGAUGGGCGAGAAGGCAAGUAUGAUCUCCACGAACAAGCUAACUAAAGGUCCCUUAAAAAUGGCUCGGGAGCAUUCGAGUACUCGACCACACGAUAAGAUGCCUGGGACGGAUGAUGUGUCUAAGGCUGAUGGUCAGAAUGUCAACAAAGACUCAUCGCUUUCACGCAAACCAACAUUCGUUGAAAUGGUGAGCAAGUCAUUGGAUCCUGAAAGAAAGGUAGUCACCGUAUUUUUGCACGAAGAACAUGGCUCAGAAACUGCAGAAAAUGCGGAAGCAAAUCCACAAAAGAAACGGGGACGUCGUCGGGGCAGGAAAUGGAAUCGUCGUCGUAAUAGAGCUCCCGGAGAACUCACAUGGGAAGAACGCAUCCGGAGUGGAGCAUCAGAAAAGCGGCGUGUUGAGGAAAAUCUGUAUGUGUUCGGCUAA